CCAAGACAUGCCAAAUGCAUGACUGACGCACCAACUGAUCCCGUUCUUCCCAGCUUAAACGCUUAUCCUUGAAGCACACCAACGACCAUGACGAGCACCGAAUACCUCGACCUCCGCGAGCUCGACGCCUGCUUAUUUGACGUAUUCGUCGACUUUGCAGAAGAAUGGAGAGCCGGGUAUUGUGCUCAUGUCAUACUUUCUUUACCUCCUCACAAUAGAGCAAUGGUUGCUGCGCACAGGUUCCAUCUCAUCGCUGCCUCUAGCGUAGGCUUCAAGACGAUGUACGUACCACGCCCUACUGAAGAUUCGCGUGAGGUAAGGGAGAGCAUGCGUAGCAAGAAGGACGGCGGUGAGGUGGGUCUUGUCGUUAAAGAUUUUGAGGAGCUGGCGAGGUUGAUAUGUGAAGCUCGACAAAGUUGAAGCUCGCGGGCAGCAAUACGAACGAACAGAUCAUAUUAUAUUCCGCAAAUGCAAUUCGUAGUCAUCGGGAGGAACUCUGUGCGUGAGCUCUC